GAGCUGGUGGACCCCACCCCCGAUAUUCAGGCCCUGUUUAUGCUGUUCAACGACCGUUUCUUCUGGGGCCAUCUGGAGGCGGUCGAGGUGAAGUGGAGCAUGCGAAUGACGCUGUGAGUCCCGAGCCGCGCCGCGGGCGGGGGGCGCCGGCGGCCGCAGCUGGCGCUGAGGAGCUGGGGGCAGGCGGCCCCUCGGUCCUGUGUCCCUUCCCUGCCCUUCUCUGUCCCGCCCAGACAGCGUCAGGGGAGCCCUGUGGCCCACCCCGCGGCGGUUUGGCUGGUAAGGGGACGUUCCUUGGCGUUAGAACGAUGAGCUGACCGUUUUCUGAUGGGGCUUACGGGAGCGCUCUAGGACCCAGGCGGGAGAAGCAGCCGGAAGCUGACCCCGGGAAAGGAGGCCGAGGCCGCGGCUUGCUUUCUUCCCCGGGACGCGUGCAGUCUCUGCCGGGCUCGGCGGGUACCGCCGCUGGGCCGCGAGCUCGCGGGUCAGGGUGGGGAAGGGGCGGCGUUUCCCUACUUCUGGGUCCAGGGGAUCUUCGGGGGGGGUGCGGCGGGGUGCGUCUCAAAGCAGCCCUUUCCGGCACGCCGAGUCCGGGAAAUGCCGGCUCCAGGUAACCUGCUGCUGCGUACGAACGGAGUUGAGAUGUUGACAGUGCGGUUCGAGGCCACCGCGCUUGCUCUUGGAUGGAGGCGAAGCGCCCUGAAGUUAAGAGAUGAAGGUACGACACGGAAGUGUGUUUCUAGUGCCAUGCUGCUGCGUAUGUGGGUUUCCUCGACGCUUCUGGACACAGGCUGCUGGAGACCUGGCCGUUACCGCCACCGACGACUGACCGACGGUGGCGUGUAGGAAGGAGGCAGGGAGCGGCAGAACUGGACGGCCUUCUUCGAGCUCUUGCGGCCAGGCUGGGGUUCGGGGAGUCCCUGCUGCUCAGGUGCGCUGGGAUAUGCAGCUACGAAGGCAGAGGCGGAAUGUGUUCCAUCCGCCUCAGUGAACCCCUCUUAAAGUUGAGACCAAGAAAGGAUCUGGUGGAGACCCUCUUGCAUGAAAUGAUACAUGCCUAUUUAUUUGUCACGAAUAACGAUAAAGAUCGGGAAGGGCACGGCCCAGAGUUUUGUAAGCAUAUGCAUCGCAUCAAUCGCCUGACGGGAGCCAAUAUAACGGUGUACCAUACUUUCCACGACGAGGUGGAUGAGUACCGGCGACACUGGUGGCGCUGCAAUGGGCCGUGUCAGCACAAGAAGCCAUAUUACGGCUACGUGAAACGCGCCACCAACAGGGCACCCUCUGCCCAUGACUACUGGUGGGCUGAGCACCAGAAAACCUGUGGAGGCACCUACAUAAAAAUCAAGGAACCAGAGAGCUACUCAAAAAAAGGCAAAGGAAAGACAAAACCAGGAAAGCAGCCAGUAUCAGAAGCAGAAAAUAAAGGUAAACCGAACAGAGGGGAGACACAGCUGUUAAUCCCUUUCAGUGGGAAAGGGUAUGUUCUAGGGGGAACCAGCAAUUCGCCUUCAUCUGGGAAAUGUCUCACUUCACAUGCUGUUAAAACCCAGGAUCUUUUAAAUCAGGACCAUUCAGCAAAUGCCUUAAGACCCAAUUCGAAACCUGAGGUGACAUUUGAACAGAACGGCUCAAGUGGGAAAACUUCCUUAGUCUCCGCUGCUCUCAGUUCCAGUCACCAAAGUGUUUUAAGCAACUACUUCUCGAGAGUAUCGGUCUCCAAGCACAAGGCUUUCAGAAGUGUGAGUGGGUCUCCGAUGAAAAGCCUCACGGUUGGUGACAUCGCUAAAAACUCGGUCUCUUCUAGUUCUCAAAGGAGGGUGACAUCUUCUAAGAUAUCCCUAAGAAAUCCUCUAAAAGCAGUGGAAUCGACAUCUGUGACUGCACCCCAGGUUGCAGGUGGGCCUGAAGAUCAAUUCCCAAGUAAACGCCCCAGGCUCGAAGACAGGACCGUUUUCGACAACUUUUUUAUCACGAAAGAGCAAACACAGAGUGGUGGUAACGAUCCAAAGUGUGGUUCACGUCCUAUAGCUGCAACGCAGAAUGCCAGCAGUUCAUCUAGUCAGAGCAGAACGGUUCACUGUCCUGUUUGUCAGAGUGAAGUUUUGGAGUCUCAGAUUAAUGAGCACCUGGACUGGUGCCUUGCAGGUGAUAGCCUCUAAGUCAAAAGCUGAAAACAAUCUCAAAAAUGAAUGGGUCUCACAUGUCCCACCCGUAUCACCUCAUAGCACAGUGUCAGCCGCUCAGGAAUUCCUGGUUAGUGCUAAGAUCUGCAGAUUAUAACCUAGUUCACCCAUAUUAAAUGUUCUAUUUUAUAUAUACAUAUAUGAGAUUUUAACUUAAAACUAUUUUAUGUCUGAGGGUGCUAUACUCACUCGUAGGUGUACUGUAGCCCAGAGUUGCUUCUGGGUGCAUACACGUAUAAUUUUUAGAUACUUUGAUUCUUUCUUUUAAAAGUAUUUAAAUCUGUUAAUCUUUUUAAUUUGCAUAUUUUCCUUAAAAUAGUCAGUGAGGAAUCCUGUCAGGUGUUUGGUUAAAUUCCUUUAUUAAUAUUAAAACUCAUUCCCAGAACUGGUAAUAUUCAUAGUAUCGGACAUAUUGACCAAAAAUACAACCUAGUUGUUUUCCGGUACUCAAGGCUUUUGGUUUUUCUUUUUUUUUUCUUCAAAAUUUUAACAGGAAGUACAUUUCCUAUAUUAUUAAGAUUUUUAUUUCUCUGUUUCACUAAAAGGUGGCAGCAGGUUUGAGGUUAAAGUAGAUAAGCAGAGUAAAAUAAAUUCCUUUUGGAAUAUUGCUGGUAACAAAUAGCCACUGUAAUUCUGUGGGCCGGGGUGGAGCUGUUCUCUCAGCGCUUCAGCGAAAUGACUGGUUAAAGCUCAGUACUAGGUAACUGGCAUAUAUAACAUAACCAAGUUGCCUAGUUUACGUACAAGUGGACCAUCAUCUGGAAACAGUAUUAUGAACCUUAAGCCAAAGUUGAAACCAUUUAGGAAUACCAUUUGUGUAUGUAAAAAAUUAUAUUUCUUUUAAAAAGCAUUCUUUUCCACGUCCCAGCAAAGGGACAGAGAUAGUUUGGUCAGUUUACUUUGUCUCAUGGCUCUGCCACCAGUGUGUUGGCGUAUUUUCAGGGCCUUAGUUCACAGGUUUUCUUUUUCUUAACUUCGUUGCAACGCGACUUUACAUCUGUAAGGUGCAGCUGGGUUCCCCGCUGAGUGACCACUAUGCAGGUGCAGUUAGAGAGCAUUUCAGUUGCCAUGAAGUGUCCUUAUGGGCAACUCUCGCCAGCCAACACCCACCACCCCAGAGUAACCAAUGUUUUCGUCUGUCACCACGGUUAGUUUAGCUUGUUUUUAAACACUAUGAAGUAGUACCUUUGUUGCUAUGGGUAGCAGAAGUUCAGUCUUUUCAUUGCUCUGUAGUAUUUGUAUGAAUAUGCCCGAGUUUAUCUAUCAUUCUGAUAUUAAUGGACAUUGCAAUUAUCUCCAGUUUGGGGCUGGCCAUUCUGAAUAACGCUGCUAAGAACAUUCGUACUCAUUUCUGCUGAGCAUAUCCCCAGUCUGGAAUGCAGGGUCACCAGGUGCAUUUAUGUGUAGCUUUAGUAAAUGCUGCCAGUUUACAGUCCUGCCCGCAGUGUAUGAGAGCUUGUCGCUCAGCAGUCUUAACGCUGUUGUCAGUGCUUUUCAUUUUAGCCUGUCUGGUUGAGUGUUUACGAGUUUUGAUAUUUCUUAGGCAUGAAGUUAAACAAUAGUAUUUAAUAAAUAUUUAUAGAUAAAUGA